AUGAUAUCACCUAAAUCUCGAUCGCACACUAGUGCUGAUCAUAUCGAAGAGUCCAACACUACCGCCAGUCUGUUUUUGGGCGGCGUGCGGAGGAACUGGAUGGGUCCGCGGACUAACGUCCCGGAGAACUCGGUUAUGCGAAAUCCUUGCGGCGAGGUUGACCUUCCAGUCCCUCUCAACUCUUUUCCUAUGUCCCCCAUCACGCCUGGUGAGACCCUGACCCAAUCUCCCUCACGCGGUGCUGUUCAUACGGCAAAAAACCCCGAUGCGCGAGCCACGGCUCUUCCCUCACCCGUUCUCAGUACCAAUUCUCAAAGUCCUGUGAACGCCGAUGCGAUCGUUUCAAAUCAACUCUCCACGCUGCCACCAAUCUCUAAGCAACUCACGGCACAGCGUGGCAAUGAUGAGCGCAUGGCAGUCCGACAAUCUCCUCCCAGCGGGCUCGCCACGUCACAACGUGUGACCCAGUCCCCUUUAAGGGGACCUAACUGGUCCACGAAUUCCCCUUCGCUCACAGGCACAGACACAGGCGCUAGCACACAAGAAUCCAUCGUCUCGGGGUCCCGACCUAGCUCGCAGCAGAAUGGGAGAGCUGGGGCUGCGACCAUCCCCGAUGAGGCAUGGAAACAAUGGUCGGCUCAAUUGGAUGCCUUGGUAGAUGAUUUAUCUGCAAAGGGAGUACUGUCUCCAGCUCACUUGACGAAGACCAAUGUUAUUCUGCCUCGGAUCGACCUAUUGCGCCAGGCCAUUAGUCGUAAGGACACUUUCUAUCUGGUGAUACAUCAAUUGUACUGCCGAUACAGCAUUGAUCCAAGUACACUGGGUCAAAUUAGAGCUUCUGAGAUGGGCAUGCAAUCACUCAUCCCUCUUCUGGAAGACAAUGGAAUGAUGCCUGGUGCCGCUACCAUUUGGUUUGCCCAUUUUCCGGCAUCUCCACAGCGGCUGAUGCAGACAACGUGGUAUCUCCAGGUGCUAUCCGGUGUUCCUGAGUUUUUAUCACGGCUUGCAACUGAAUGGCCGGGCAUCUGGCUUCAGGCCCGUCAUCCCCCUCUGGUGUCUCAUCUUUGGCAAGUGCUUGCAUGUCCAUCUCCGAUUUUGAUGUCGGUAAUGUUCAUGUGUGUUGCCCGGCGCCUUCACCUCGAGAAAUAUGUUAAGCCCCUUUUGGACUUUUUCUGGAAAGAUAUAAAGGUUUUCCACCAGUGUAGGGACUAUGACCUUCCUAAGACCACUCAGCAGGCCCAUGACUGGAAUUUUGCCCAACAGUAUCUCAACUUUCCCCGUUUGCCUGGAAAUCAACCACAAACCCCAUCUUCCUCCCUCUCUGCACCAUCUCUCAGACCUCAAAAUCAACCCAUGUCCCCAGGAAUACCGUCACCAUACCCCAGAUCUGCGGUUGCGGGUACCAGUCAACCUGCCACAAACUCACCUGCUCUAAGCCCACUGGGUGCUCCUUUGCAGCAGUUCCCCUCAAAUUCGCAGGCUGUUGGCCCAGCUGUUGGCCCUCAUCAAUUUGGUGCAAACUCACAAGUGCAGAAUACCCCGCAACCAAUUCAUUACAACCCCAUGUCACAGGGACGGGAACCAGGACCGUGGUAUCCGGUGAAUUCACAGAUGAAUCCACAAAUGCACAGGCAGAUAGCGCUUGAACAGGUACCACCUUCUCUGAGGCACCAAUCAACGCCAGGUUCAAAUGGUCAACAAAUGCAGCGGCGAACAAUGAUGCCUACACAUUUAGUAGCGCCUGCUAACCCUUCCACAACCCCCCUCCAAUCGAGUGCUCUCACCUCUACACAGUCAGCACCGUCGCUUCACGCUCCUUUGCCCAUAUCUACGCUGGCCACCACAAACCAUUUGGCCCAGCGCCCAAUGCCACCACAAAGGCCCAAUAACUAUCACCACCAACAACGUUCGGGGACAAUGCAAUCCUCUGUUUCGCCGAUCGCACGUGUACCUCCUCAGAGACAGCAUUUUCAACCUUUACCCAACUCUGCCUUCCUCCCGUUACCUGGCUACAGAGCACCUAUGAUGGUGAAUCCAAAUCCAACGCGUCUCGGCCUCCAUUUGGUUGAUCUUCGCGAUCCCACGAAGAAGCUGGUAAAACAGGGUUCAGAUGGCAAUGAAAUUGGGACUGAUCUGUUUACUUAUCUAAAUACCUUCGCUGUACACCCGACCAUCGUCGAUGUUGACCAGUCGGUCUAUGCGUGGAAUUUCUCUUUCACGCACGAUGAGCAUCAAAAGUUCCCACACAUAGCUCACGGGAAAGAAAGCCAAUAUUCGGUUUGGACCUUUAGGCCCGGUUGCCGGACUAUUCGCCUGCGAUGCAUUCGUCUUCCGGGCAGUCCGAACACUGUGACGGAGCAGACCUGGGCUACCGCGGGCACUUUUUGGCCCAGUGUCUUUUACAUUACUGUGAACGGCAGAGAGCUAUAUGUGCGCCGAAAGGUUCACAACGGAAAAGAUUUACCUUUGGACAUCACCGAGUACCUCACAACGGGUGAAAACAGGGUACGGCUCGAUAUAAUCUUAGGACAGGAUGAGUGCAAGACCUCCAAAUUCGUCUUUGGAGUGGAGGUCUUGGAGGUUGCCGAGUUCGACCAGAUACUCACUUUGAUCAAGUCCAUCUCAGCCGCCGACUCUCGUGCAGCUAUCAAAAAGCGGCUUUCCCCUAUCACCGACGACGAUGAAUUGGCAGUUGUCACCGACAAUCUCACAAUUGACCUAGUGGACCCCUUCAUGGCACGCAUCUUCGAUAUCCCCGUUCGUUCGCGCCACUGCAACCACCAUGAAUGCUUCGACCGUGACACGUUCAUAAGAACCAGGAAGUCGGUAUCCGGGCCGACACCGAUGGUCGACAACUGGCGCUGCCCGAUUUGCAAGGGAGAUGCCCGUCCGCAGUUCCUGGUCGUCGAUCAGUUCCUUGCCGAGCUACAUGCAGAGCUCGCCCGUACAACCCGACUUCAAGGGAUCAGAGCAAUCCAAAUUAAAGUUGAUGGUACUUGGACCCCCAAGUACGACACUGAUGAGACCUCACCCGGCGCAGACAAAGUCUUGUCUCCGAAGCGCAAGGCUGAAGACUCUUUGGGCCCCGUUGCCAUGCGCCCCAGGAAAGACGUGUCUAAUGGUAGUCACAGUUCGGCUGUUCGCACCCAAGAACAUACCGUCAUCGAAUUGGACUGA